AUGCUCAGCGUAGACGAGGCGGUCUCCUUCCUCGACGAGAUUAAGCUGCAGUUUCAGAGGGAUCCGGGGAAGUACGACAGGUUUCUGGAUAUCAUGCGUGACUUCAGGGGGAACGUUAUUAGCACGCACGAAGUUCUCGUGCGAAUUAGCGCCCUCUUCAACGGCUAUCCGGAGCUCGUUCGAGGGUUCAACCAAUUCCUGCCAGCCGGUUACAAGCUGGAGCCAUCUACUGAUAGUAGUGGGCGAAGCGCCGUAUUGCUGAACACCCCGCAAGGCGUUACAAUGUAUCCGCGGGACUACGCCAGACGAGACUACUGA